AUGGACCCGUGGAUUGCCUGCUCCAGUUGGUCUUUUAUAAAUUCAGCUCUUUCUAGCUCGUUGUCGUCAAGAAAGGCGCUGAUUCCGGCAUCAGAUAAUGCGGCGUGGAGGUGGCCUGUGAAGCCCUUGCGUGUGUCUUCACCUCUAAAGCUCAAAAACACUUGGUACUUCCGAGUACUUGAGGAGGAGGACGGUGAGGAUGAAGAGGAGGCAGCAUUCCUGGCAUCCAUUAAUUGA